GUACAAGUGGGUCACCCAUCAUCUUCUCUCUCUCUCUCUCUCUCUCUCUGUUAUUUCUUUAGCAGUAGAAGAAACAGCUCCUUUCCAUUUCCAAUAGCAGUUGUGCAACAUUUACUGUAUGCUCUCUCUCUCUAGAUAACUGUAAUACUCCAAUUAUUACUAUUUACUCUCUCUAGAUUACUCGAAAAAAAUCGUGCAUUUUGUGCACUCUAAUUCUCCAAACUCUGAUUUUUUUUUUCUGAAUCCACUGUUGAGUGACUGGUAUUUGCAUUCACACUCAGGAUUUUCGUUUGAGAUAGGGAGUUCUACUUCUUCUUUAGGGUGAUUGAUUCUCGUUCUUGAAACUUAAAAAGAUUUCAGUCUCUGUCAGCAAAGCAAUUCUGUUGUGAGGUGAAUCCUGUUGUUGGGACUGAAUUGAUAUUCUUGGGAUUUAGUUCUGUACUGGAAGUUGGUUUACGUUACAUUGAAGUUGGAGUUUGAUCUGCUACCCAAGUCGGUUGUCAUUGGCGCUUUGUUAUUUCAUUAUAUGAUUGAAAUGAGGAGCAAGGGAGAAAGAAUUAGCCACUAUGUAGAAUUCCAUAGUUUGGUUUACCAGUAGCUAAUUUAGUUUGGAUCUCCAUUGCCAUCUUCAUUGGGAUCACUGAUUUAGUUUAGUUGUUGAGACGAGCAAAAUGCUGGAGACUCAACUAUGUCCUGCUCGGGUGUUAUCACCUUUCCGCGAAGAGAGUGGUGACGAGGAACUGUCUGUACUUCCAAGGCAUACCAAAGUUAUUGUGACGGGAAAUAACAGAACUAAGAGUGUUUUGCUGGGGCUUCAGGGGGUUGUCAAGAAGGCUGUUGGACUUGGUGGUUGGCAUUGGCUGGUUUUGAAAAAUGGGGUUGAAGUCAAGCUACAAAGAAAUGCAUUGAGCGUGCUAGAACCUCCCACGGGGGAUGAAGAAGACGAUGAAUAUGACUUUGAUGACUCGACCAGUGGUUCAGACAUUGGUGAAAAAGAAAACCAUCACUUUGCUACUGGUGUCGUAUACAGAAAAGUGAGCAAGCCUAGAGUUCGUUAUACAAGGCCAUGGGCCUUGUCUGGACCACCAAAGACAAUGAACCGUAGCAAUUGCAGAGAAGUUGACCCUAACUAUUUGCAACCGAGGUUGAACUUGGCAAAACUAGGAACUGGUUCAUUAUGGAGGUACUGGCGAAACUUCAACCUUGCACAUAUUAGCCCUAACCCGACAAAGGAUCAACUGCUCAGCGCUGUUCAGCAGCACUUCUCGUCACAGCGAGUUGACGAGGUACAAGUGGUGGUGGAAUUUAUCCGUGCAGCCAAGAGAUUAAGAUCAACUGAUACACAUUGAGAUUUGUUGAUGAUGAUGAUAAAAGGGAAAUUUGUGAAGAAGGUUGGAUUAUUAUGUGUAAUAUAAUGCAUAUAUAGAGUAAAUAUUUAUGAACCUCUAACUUAGUUCAGCUAAUUAUAGCAACUCUACUAAUGGAGACUAGGUGGGAGCUUCUUUGUUAGCUUACUCCCCCAAAAAUUGUCUCCCGGAUCCCUAACCUUUGUAUUAUGGGGCUUUGACCCAGACCCGAACCCGGUUGAUAUUUAUAACCUUCAUUUCUAGUGUGAA